AUGUACUUGGAUGGGCACCGUUCGUACUUCCUAGCGGGCUCCCACCGCCUCCUCAGGCAGGCGUCGGCGUAUGCCAUCGAACACAGGACGAGAUACGUGGCUCUGUUUGACUACGACCACCUGGUCUGCAUCUACUUCGAUGAGCUGGACCAUAGACAGCCGACCGCCAGUUUGGUUACCGCCAAGGGCGGUGUAGGGCACUUCGCUGAGUUGGAUGUCUACCCGUUCUCCGACUCUCACUUGAUGAGGAAGGCGCUGCUGGGUUUCCUCGAGGACGCCUAUGACAAAACACCCCAUUAA